CUCUGAUUCACUGACGUGACGUGUUGUGCUUUUGUGGGUGUUUUGUGGGAAAGUGGCAGGAAAAUGGCCAAUUUGAAGCAAGAUCUCGAUGAAUACCUGUUGCUGCAGAGCGACCAGAAGAAGACCUUCAAGGUGGACGUGAAGUUGCCGCAGAUAAAGGUGCCGGAUGUGGGGAAAUUGUUCCGCAAGAGUGACCAAGAGCCCGCCAAUGGCUGGCUCAGGGAGACUCAAGACACCUGCUGUCCCAAAUUAUCGCGCCUCCAGCGGAUUAUCGCCUUCGUCACGUGCCUGGCGUUGGGGCUGUUCUGCUUCACCCUGUCUACCUUCUACAUUCCCAUCCUGGUGCUGAAGUCCAGGAAGUUCGCGCUGCUCUACACACUCGGCAGCCUCUUCUUCAUUCUCUCGUUCGGCUUCCUGUCCGGCUUUGGCGCCAUGCUGCGGCAGAUGUUCAGUCGCGAGAGGAUUGUGCUGUCCGCCAGUUACACGGGAUGCCUCCUGGCCACGCUGUAUUUCGCCAUGUGGGCGCAGAGCACCGCCUUGACGCUCACGUUCGCCGUGCUGCAGAUCAUCUGUCUGCUGUGCAUGAUCAUCUCGUCCGUUCCCGGCGGCGUCAGCGGCAUGAAGUUCUUCGGGCAGAUGUUCAAGAGCUCCGUGAGCAACACGCUGCCCGUGUGAGAAGUCCCCGCGAAGGUGGGACAUAAGAGUGUGGGAAAGAUAUCGAUAAAAGCUGUGACUGUUCUUUUUGUAUACAUGCAAUUUAAUGCGAGCCAAUAAGACCAAAAUGAGACCAAGAGCGAUUUAGCAAUUGAAGAGGAGGAGACGAAAAUGAAUUACGACGCCGCGGUAAUUGGACAAGUUGGACGGCGCGAUGUGACUCGCCUUGGCGCGGAAGGUCGCGGUGGAUCUUUGUCACCUGCGGAAGCCACCAGACUCCAGUCAUUGGCAGGCACUUUGCGCGCACGCACGCACAAUGAUCGUCUCUCUCGUCCUCCUGGCACUGCUCUCCGUCGCCGAGGCGCAGUUCAAGCUCUUGCAGGCGCCGGAUCAGUUGCUCGACAUCCGCGUUCUCAGCGCCUCUGCGCCGCCGCCGCGUACCAGGAAGAUCCACAGCAUCGCCACGGAUCUGCCGCCGAGCGUCGUGCGCGUGCUGGCGGACACCAAGCCGACGAAGAGCAGCAAGUAUCGCGGCUACAAGUCCAAGUGCCGCUGCGAGAGCAUCUGGAAGUGCCAGAAGAUGCAGCUGUCCAUCGCUCGCUGUCCUCCGGAUCACUUCAUGUGCUGCUUCUGAUCCGCCCAUUCGUCCGGACGUUGUCAAUUCACCGAAUAAGACUGAAAACGCGCAACUGCCGAAAUGGGAUUUUUUUUUAUCAGUGUACUGGGAAAAAGUGUCUCAAUGGCCAAAAAGCACUCUUGCCGAUCGUUGAUCGAUCGAAGGGUGCGAAGAAAAGUAUUGUAAGUCGACUUUUGGUAUAGUUAAAAACAAUUGGUUCAAGUAGUGAGUUUUCUGUCUUUAAAUCACAUUUUAAAGCACUGUUAAACUUGCAAUUUUUCACUGAAUUGUUGUUCGCGAAUGAAAGUUCUGAAAUAUAAAAUAUUUUCAUUCCAAAUUACUAAAAACAUUGAAUAGAACAUAAAGUGACUCUUGUGUUAUAAUUGCUGAUCAAAAGAACAGAAAAUGUGAAAGAUAUGGCAAAAGCAAUGCUCACGAGUAUGAUUAUAAAUUCUUAUGUAAAUCUUAUUCUUUUGAAUACAUUCUUCUUACUUUCGAAAAUAUCAUUUGAUUUUCUAUUAAUCAAAUAAAUUCUUAGUAUUAAAUUCACAAAGUUCUUAGACCUACAUUAUAUUCUUAAAUUUGUGCACAAAAGUCGAUUUCACAAAUGCAGAACAUUGAGAUGCUUUCAAUGAAAUUAAUUUUUCACGUCCUGGAAUUCUGGGUGAUUUAUAGUCCACCGAAGAGGCACCAAAUCUUGUUGAUCGUGCAAAUAAAAGACACCAAUUUGAGCUCAA